CUGACUAUGAAUAUGGGCAUACACACACGUUACACUGUGUCUGAUUGUGUCCUUGCUGGAAAACAUCAGAAGUGGUCUGUUGAAAGGUUUUUCACUGCGAUUCUCUCAUCCUCAAAUUGCUCGUGAUGUCGAUCAGACCACUAUGGCCUGACUUGCGACCGCGGGCGACUGAUCCGCUGUGGUUCAACGCCGAUAAACCAUGCGAUGAUGAGAGCGAAGUCGCCGCUCUCGAAGCGGAGCAUCAGGCCUGGAGGGAUCACGUGCGGGUGCAGGGCUACGAGCACAUUCCAAUCGGGAAGACUGUGAGCGAUUUCAGAGGAUCGGAGGGAGAGGAAGAGGAAGAGGAGGAGGAGGAAGGUGAGGGUGAAGAGGAAGACGAGUCGGACACCCACGAGGAAGAGGAAGAGGAGCUCGACGAGAUCGACAUGGAAGUCAGUUAUUCCCAUCAUCCGCAGAGGUCUAGUCCGACGGAUACGGUGACCGCUCCCGUAUCCAUCCGGAUGAUCAACGCAUCGAAUUUAACUCGUUAUUCUUAAUUUUUUUAUAUUGAUUCAAAUGUACAUAUUUGUGAUCGCGA